AUGGCAGUGUCUGGAGUAUGGCGGCAAUUCUCCAUCACAACAACGCCGACUCGGAGAAUUCUCCAUCGCAACUACGCCGACUCGGAGAAUUCUCCAUCGCAACAACGCCGACUCGGAGAAUUCUCCAUCGCAACAACGCCGACUCGGAGAAUUCUCCAUCGCAACAACGCCGACUCGGAGAAUUCUCAAUCGCAACAACGCCGACUCGGAGAAUUCUCGAUCGCAACAACGCCGACUCGGAGAAUUCUCGAUCGCAACAACGCCGACUCGGAGAAUUCUCGAUCGCAACAACGCCGACUCGGAGAAUUCUCGAUCGCAACAACGCCGACUCGGAGAAUUCUCGAUCGCAACAACGCCGACUCGGAGAAUUCUCGAUCGCAACAACGCCGACUCGGAGAAUUCUCGAUCGCAACAACGCCGACUCGGAGAAUUCUCGAUCGCAACAACGCCGACUCGGAGAAUUCUCGAUCGCAACAACGCCGACUCGGAGAAUUCUCGAUCGCAACAACGCCGACUCGGAGAAUUCUCGAUCGCAACAACGCCGACUCGGAGAAUUCUCGAUCGCAACAACGCCGACUCGGAGCAUUCUCGAUCGCAACAACGCCGACUCGGAGCAUUCUCGAUCGCAACAACGCCGACUCGGAGCAUUCUCGAUCGCAACAACGCCGACUCGGAGCAUUCUCGAUCGCAACAACGCCGACUCGGAGCAUUCUCGAUCGCAACAACGCCGACUCGGAGCAUUCUCGAUCGCAACAACGCCGACUCGGAGCAUUCUCGAUCGCAACAACGCCGACUCGGAGCAUUCUCGAUCGCAACAACGCCGACUCGGAGCAUUCUCGAUCGCAACAACGCCGACUCGGAGCAUUCUCGAUCGCAACAACGCCGACUCGGAGCAUUCUCGAUCGCAACAACGCCGACUCGGAGCAUUCUCGAUCGCAACAACGCCGACUCGGAGCAUUCUCGAUCGCAACAACGCCGACUCGGAGCAUUCUCGAUCGCAACAACGCCGACUCGGAGAAUUCUCGAUCGCAACAACGCCGACUCGGAGAAUUCUCGAUCGCAACAACGCCGACUCGGAGCAUUCUCGAUCGCAACAACGCCGACUCGGAGCAUUCUCGAUCGCAACAACGCCGACUCGGAGCAUUCUCGAUCGCAACAACGCCGACUCGGAGCAUUCUCGAUCGCAACAACGCCGACUCGGAGCAUUCUCGAUCGCAACAACGCCGACUCGGAGCAUUCUCGAUCGCAACAACGCCGACUCGGAGCAUUCUCGAUCGCAACAACGCCGACUCGGAGCAUUCUCGAUCGCAACAACGCCGACUCGGAGAAUUCUCGAUCGCAACAACGCCGACUCGGAGAAUUCUCGAUCGCAACAACGCCGACUCGGAGCAUUCUCGAUCGCAACAACGCCGACUCGGAGCAUUCUCGAUCGCAACAACGCCGACUCGGAGCAUUCUCGAUCGCAACAACGCCGACUCGGAGCAUUCUCGAUCGCAACAACGCCGACUCGGAGCAUUCUCGAUCGCAACAACGCCGACUCGGAGCAUUCUCGAUCGCAACAACGCCGACUCGGAGCAUUCUCGAUCGCAACAACGCCGACUCGGAGCAUUCUCGAUCGCAACAACGCCGACUCGGAGCAUUCUCGAUCGCAACAACGCCGACUCGGAGCAUUCUCGAUCGCAACAACGCCGACUCGGAGCAUUCUCGAUCGCAACAACGCCGACUCGGAGCAUUCUCGAUCGCAACAACGCCGACUCGGAGCAUUCUCGAUCGCAACAACGCCGACUCGGAGAAUUCUCGAUCGCAACAACGCCGACUCGGAGAAUUCUCGAUCGCAACAACGCCGACUCGGAGCAUUCUCGAUCGCAACAACGCCGACUCGGAGCAUUCUCGAUCGCAACAACGCCGACUCGGAGCAUUCUCGAUCGCAACAACGCCGACUCGGAGCAUUCUCGAUCGCAACAACGCCGACUCGGAGAAUUCUCGAUCGCAACAACGCCGACUCGGAGAAUUCUCGAUCGCAACAACGCCGACUCGGAGAAUUCUCGAUCGCAACAACGCCGACUCGGAGCAUUCUCGAUCGCAACAACGCCGACUCGGAGCAUUCUCGAUCGCAACAACGCCGACUCGGAGCAUUCUCGAUCGCAACAACGCCGACUCGGAGCAUUCUCGAUCGCAACAACGCCGACUCGGAGCAUUCUCGAUCGCAACAACGCCGACUCGGAGCAUUCUCGAUCGCAACAACGCCGACUCGGAGCAUUCUCGAUCGCAACAACGCCGACUCGGAGAAUUCUCGAUCGCAACAACGCCGACUCGGAGAAUUCUCGAUCGCAACAACGCCGACUCGGAGAAUUCUCGAUCGCAACAACGCCGACUCGGAGAAUUCUCGAUCGCAACAACGCCGACUCGGAGAAUUCUCGAUCGCAACAACGCCGACUCGGAGAAUUCUCGAUCGCAACAACGCCGACUCGGAGAAUUCUCGAUCGCAACAACGCCGACUCGGAGAAUUCUCGAUCGCAACAACGCCGACUCGGAGCAUUCUCGAUCGCAACAACGCCGACUCGGAGCAUUCUCGAUCGCAACAACGCCGACUCGGAGCAUUCUCGAUCGCAACAACGCCGACUCGGAGCAUUCUCGAUCGCAACAACGCCGACUCGGAGCAUUCUCGAUCGCAACAACGCCGACUCGGAGCAUUCUCGAUCGCAACAACGCCGACUCGGAGCAUUCUCGAUCGCAACAACGCCGACUCGGAGCAUUCUCGAUCGCAACAACGCCGACUCGGAGCAUUCUCGAUCGCAACAACGCCGACUCGGAGCAUUCUCGAUCGCAACAACGCCGACUCGGAGCAUUCUCGAUCGCAACAACGCCGACUCGGAGCAUUCUCGAUCGCAACAACGCCGACUCGGAGCAUUCUCGAUCGCAACAACGCCGACUCGGAGCAUUCUCGAUCGCAACAACGCCGACUCGGAGCAUUCUCGAUCGCAACAACGCCGACUCGGAGCAUUCUCGAUCGCAACAACGCCGACUCGGAGCAUUCUCGAUCGCAACAACGCCGACUCGGAGCAUUCUCGAUCGCAACAACGCCGACUCGGAGCAUUCUCGAUCGCAACAACGCCGACUCGGAGCAUUCUCGAUCGCAACAACGCCGACUCGGAGCAUUCUCGAUCGCAACAACGCCGACUCGGAGCAUUCUCGAUCGCAACAACGCCGACUCGGAGCAUUCUCGAUCGCAACAACGCCGACUCGGAGAAUUCUCGAUCGCAACAACGCCGACUCGGAGAAUUCUCGAUCGCAACAACGCCGACUCGGAGCAUUCUCGAUCGCAACAACGCCGACUCGGAGCAUUCUCGAUCGCAACAACGCCGACUCGGAGCAUUCUCGAUCGCAACAACGCCGACUCGGAGCAUUCUCGAUCGCAACAACGCCGACUCGGAGCAUUCUCGAUCGCAACAACGCCGACUCGGAGCAUUCUCGAUCGCAACAACGCCGACUCGGAGCAUUCUCGAUCGCAACAACGCCGACUCGGAGCAUUCUCGAUCGCAACAACGCCGACUCGGAGCAUUCUCGAUCGCAACAACGCCGACUCGGAGCAUUCUCGAUCGCAACAACGCCGACUCGGAGCAUUCUCGAUCGCAACAACGCCGACUCGGAGCAUUCUCGAUCGCAACAACGCCGACUCGGAGCAUUCUCGAUCGCAACAACGCCGACUCGGAGCAUUCUCGAUCGCAACAACGCCGACUCGGAGCAUUCUCGAUCGCAACAACGCCGACUCGGAGCAUUCUCGAUCGCAACAACGCCGACUCGGAGCAUUCUCGAUCGCAACAACGCCGACUCGGAGCAUUCUCGAUCGCAACAACGCCGACUCGGAGCAUUCUCGAUCGCAACAACGCCGACUCGGAGCAUUCUCGAUCGCAACAACGCCGACUCGGAGCAUUCUCGAUCGCAACAACGCCGACUCGGAGCAUUCUCGAUAGCAACAACGCCGACUCGGAGCAUUCUCGAUAG